AUGAGUUUCAUAUUGGGAAAGACGAAAACCCCCGCAGAAAUCUUGCGGGAAAAUAAGAGAAUGCUGGACAAAUCAAUUAGAGAAAUAGAACGAGAGAGACAAGGUUUGCAGUCACAGGAGAAGAAACUGAUUUUGGAGAUAAAGAAAAGUGCCAAACAAGGCCAGAUGGGAGCUGUUAAAGUGAUGGCAAAAGAUCUUGUUAGAACAAGGCAUCAGAUCGAAAAGUUUUAUAAGCUCAAAUCGCAGCUCCAGGGAGUAUCCCUCAGAAUUCAAACUUUGAAAUCAACACAAGCAAUGGGCGAGGCAAUGAAAGGUGUGACUAAGGCAAUGGGAAAGAUGAACAGACAGAUGAACUUGCCAUCAUUGCAGAAAAUCUUACAAGAAUUUGAGUAUCAGAAUGAUAGGAUGGAGUUGAUUGCAGAGGUGAUGGAAGACGCAAUGGAUGAUGCUUUUGAAGGGGUUGAUGAAGUAGAAGAAACAGAAGAAUUAGUGAAUCAGGUUCUUGAUGAGAUUGGAAUCAACAUCAACCAAGAGCUUUUGAAAGCACCAUCAACAGCUGUUGCUGCCCCAGCUGGAAAGACUAAAGUGCCUCAAGUGGAAACUGCUGGGGAUGAUGCCGCUGCCAUAGAUAGUGAUUUACAGGCAAGGUUAGACAAUUUAAGAAAAAUGUAA